AUGGACUGCCUCAAGCAGAAACGAGCCGUUGUACGGGCCUCAGUAACGAAACUCAUCACGGACGUCGACGCACUACUACGAGUUCAGAGCCCUGCAGCCGGUGAGCUUCAAACAAAACUUGACCUUUUGAAGUCUAAAGAGGAGACGCUACAGUCAUUAGAUGGAUCCAUGGAAUCUCUUGUUUCCGAAGAAGCCUUUCAAGUAGAGAUUGAAGUUGCUCUGUCUUACCAGGAAAAGAUAUGCACAGCUAUAUCUCAAAUCAGUCAGAAACUGAAGAAAAUCCAACGGACAACCCUUCGACCCGACUCUCCAACCAGAGCUGUGCUUAUCCCGGCAAUGCAACAUCAGGGUUCCACCAAAGUGAAACUUCCCAAGAUUGAGGUACCGAAAUUCAACGGAGAUCUAAUGAACUGGAUGACAUUUUGGGACCAGUUUGAGUCGACAAUUCACAAGAAUGAAACUCUACAUAAUGUAGAUAAGUUCAAGUACCUACAAAGCUAUCUGACCGGCAAGGCCGCUACGGCCAUAAGCGGACUUCCUCUUACGAACGAGAAUUACGAUGCCGCAAUUGAGAUCCUUAAUCAACGCUUCAACCAGCGACAGCAUAUUGUCGACCAGCAUCUGAAUCGUUUACUCAAUCUACCGACGGUUGCCGAUGCGGGCGAUUAUGUCCAUCUUCGAGACCUUUACGAUGAAGUUCAAGUAAGAGUGCGCGGCCUCCAAGCUCCGAAGGUCGAACAGAACGAGUACGGCGUCAUGCUUCUGUCGGCACUGCGAAAAUCUGUACCGAAACAGGUGGAACUGGAUUACAAUCGGAAACAUCAGGAAGGAACGCCAGCCAGCAAAACCGAAUUGAAUAACUUCCUUGACUUUCUCAGAGGUGAAAUAGAAAGUCCUGAGAAGAGCGAAUACCCAGUCGAUGCACGGCUGAGCGAAUCUCGAUUGAAAAUCUCGAAGGAUAGGCGGCCUCUUAUUCGACAGACGACAGGAGCACUUACGACGGGAGACACAACACAACGAACAGAAUGUGUUAUCUGCAAGAGUACAGAUAAUGACAUCGAGAGUUGUGUCAGCACAAUCAGCAUCGACGAAAAAAGAGCGUUACUUACGCGAGAGGGACGCUGUUUCAAAUGUGCUAAACGAUGCCACAGAUCACGUGAAUGUCGAACAGCGGCUCGAAUCAGAUGCACCCGCUGUAACGGGCACCAUCUCACGGUUCUUUGCGAAAGAGAGCUGGAGAAUAAGACCAGCGGAAACACCAACACUACAUUUUCCGGCGUACUCUCCUCAACAACGACACGCAAAUUGGAAGCAUCUCGUGUCCGGAGUCUAAUCCUUCUGCAGACCGCUCGCCUCUGGGCGGAGACGAAUACAAGUAGACAACUUGUACGAAUUCUACUGGACGGCGGGAGCCAAAGAACAUUCAUACGAGAGUCAUUGUCUCACGAUCUACAAUGCGAACCGGUAGGGGAAGAAAACUUGUCGAUAUGUUCCUUCGGCUGCACACCUUCAAGAAGGAAGUGUCGACGUGUCAGAGUUUGGCUUCUCAGUCAGUACAGUCGCGAGGAGAUAUCUGUAGAAGCUUUGGAGAUACCUGAAAUUUCCGCAAACCUAAUGCACGACCCCGACAGUAAACUGAUCACAGCGCUACAAGAGAAAGGGUUGCCACUGGCCGACCUUGUCAUGUUUGACGUACGCUGCAGCGACGACAUCCAGAUCCUGGUUGGUUCAGAUCUGUACUGGAGUAUAGUGACGGGCGAAUCGCAACGAAUUGAUGACAACCUCUUCGCGGUCAACACCAUCUUCGGGUGGACACUUCAGGGACCGUCAGAGAUGUCGGGAAACCUUUGCGCCACCGUAGGCGUAUUCAGACUGACUGUGGAUAACAAUGAAAACGACGUUUCUUCGCAGCUUCAAAGCUUCUGGGCGCUUGAACACAUUGGUAUAUCUACAAAUGAGUGCGACGAAGAGAAUAACGGGGUCCUGGAGCAAUUCAACGCAACCAUCAAAAUUAAAGACAAAAGGUAUGAAGUCGGUCUUCCAUGGACUAAGAAAAAGACGGAACUACCUUCGAACCUACAAGUGGCAAGCACCAGACUCCGAUGA